AUGGCUGACGAACCAAAUAUAUUAACAGACUCUUCAGUUGUUCCCUGUAAAAAGCGUAAGCAGAUUGGAAAACCACAAAAUCAUGUUAAAAAAGCAGACCAGCUACUAAGAAAGUUAGAGAACCCAAACAAUGCCUAUCGCUUGAUCUCUUGUGAAUUCGAUGAAAGUAUCUUACAAAUGUCUGGUUUAUUGGCAUCCUUGACAUCGAAAUUAGAAGCUAAUUGGCAGUCGUCAACAAUACAGUAUUUAACUAAUUCAAAUGAUCCUUUGGAGAGAAGUGUUUCGCAACAAUUGCCACCUUUAAUUCAACCGAAAACUGUUAGAUUAAGUGGUCUCAAUGGUUCUGUUCCUAUCUCGUUUUCUUUCACUUGGACACGUUAUCAACCAACAAUAGACUUAUCGACUAAAGAAAAUGAAUCCAAAUCAACAGAUGAUGAAAUGUUAAACAUUAAACUUAAUCCAUUUAUCGAACCUGAAGUUGUCAUUCUGCUAACUGCUGAUCAAAUUAAAAAUCUACUCAUCAAAUCGUCUAGUGAUACUAAACAGAAAGUACACGAGAACGCAAAUCUUAUUGCGUUUGGUACUAGUUUAAUGAAUUUGAAACGACCAGUUACCUGUAUUUUCUUGACAGGGCCUACUUUUAAAUCGAAAACCAACCAUUUGUCAUCAUCAUCAUCAAAGAAUAUUUCUUCAUCGUAUAUGUCAAUUAAUGAAUUAUGCGCUGAACUACAAUUAAAUUGGCAUGUACACAGUACUCGUGUCACAUCAAAUUUACAUGAUGUUGCUAUGAUUUUAAAUGCGAUUACACGAUCGUUGGCGGAAAGGCAAUUCAAGCAAGGACGUUUAGAACGAGAUGAAGGACUAUCAUUUCUACCAAAUACUGUGCACAAAGGUUUGAGCGGUUGUGCUUCGCGUGGUCGUGGUCCUGGUAAAGCACCAAUUACUAUAAACAAUGAUUCAGAAUCACUGACUGCUAAUCAAGAACAAAAUUUACAUUUAUGGUCUAGUCGAGUAUGGCUGGGUCAACUAGGUCAGUGGCGUGGACUAACUGGUGAAAUUGCUCACGCUAUAACUUUGGUAUAUCCAACUAUAAGAUCAUUCUAUAAUGCAUGCAAAUUAGCGGAAAGUCAAUCAAACAAUCAAGGUACAAAUUAUCAAGCAACACUUUCAUCAUCUAAUCAAUUUACAGGACAAAAAUAUAUUCAUCCAUUUGAAAUAGGAUUAGCCAAUUUAGAAAUACGUCGUGGUGUUGGUGUUUUAUCAACAAAAAGACGUUUAGGUCCUGAAUUUGCUAGACGUCUAAUUAAAUUAUUCACAUCAAAGAAUCCAGAUGAAAUUGUCAAUUAAGUUUAGAGAAUGCAAUUUGUUUAUUUUCGAACAAAUUUAUUUUGUACUACUAUAAUUCAAAUUCAGUAGUAUUAUUAUUAUCUCAUCAAGUAUUCUCCUCAAUGGUUUAUGACACUUCGUGUUAACUUGUAAAUAGAUAACAGUUUUACGUCAAAUUUGUUCAUCUCAGCUUCUGGGAAUGUGUACAGAGUUCUCUUAUUUCCAUUAUAUGAAAUUUUGCUAUGACUAGUUAUAUUUUUUAUUUAAACUCAUAAAGAUUGGCACAAAGAGCCACCAAAUACACAUGCGUCACACUUCAUCAUUUGAUUUAUGUAAGUAAUGUAAUACUGCCCGGAUGCCCAAAUCGAAGCAGGUGGUUUUCUUAGAGGGCCAAACCCAGAGCCUUCGACCUAAAGGUCUAAUCCACAAGUUGAUGGAGAAACUUUAAGAGAUGCAGUCCCAUGAUAGCCGGUGACCAACAAUAGGUUCAUGCAUCAUUUGUUCCCUCAGAACCCUAGAGCCCAUGUGCACCAUUGAUUUGGAAUGAGGGUUUCCCAACCCCCAUGAAUGGAUCUUCUAUAUCCACCAUCCCGGGUAAAGCUCCAGAGAUUCGUUUCCGAUCCUGUCAAUUUCGUAAACAACAAUCCUACCGUGGGAGAGGAGUGGGUAGGACUUUCCCGGGAGUGGCUAUGUAAGCAUGGCUAUGCAAGAGCAUCUGGAGAGAGAGAGAGAGAGUCGACUCUCUCCACCCUUGGCAAUACCAGAGCAUUCGCAGGCAAUGAUAUUUUUAUGCUGUGUAUGUUGUUUUAGUGGUCAAUAUUUUAUAAAUUAAGCGAAGAAGCUAUGAUUUUCAAUCGUUUUCAUCUCCAUAUUGUGGCUAUUAAAAAUUUCGUUUGAUGCAGUAUAUUCUUAGGCGGAUUGACUCUAUUUUUACAAGUAUUUAGGUAAAAUUGCGUAAUGGCCAUUAUCCGACACCUAGAAAUUCAAAUCAUCUUCGUUGCACAAGUCAGUGGUUAUUAGAACAUAGUAUGUAAGUGGUUAACAUGUUAAACGUUUAAGACAAAAGCUACGGGGUUUCGAACUACAGUUUGGGCAUCUAUUGUAAUAUUUCCUAUGUAGGACAAAACGGAGUUUUGGCUCGACUUUGCUAACUACAUUUGGUCUUUAAAAUUGAGUUUAUGAUGUACGGAAAAAUGAUAAUAUCCAGUUGUGUGAACCUCGGUCAAUUAAACUUAAGUGCUUAAAUCAAUAUAUAACAUGAUUAAUUGAAUAUCACUGAAACUAUUUGUUUAAUAUACAUCAUUUUAGUGUUAGAGUUUAAUACUUUUAUCAUAUGAAUUACACUUACCGAAUCAUACGUUUACCAACAGCUUUUCAUAUGACCUUCAUUUGAGUUAUGUAAUAUCUUGGGUUUGUAUUGACUUUUCAAUGAUGUCAUUUACUUAAUUCUGUACACAUAGAGGUGUUGCAUCAUCAAGAAAUCCUGAACUGAUCCAAGCUACAUCAUUAAAAGCCUGAAAGGGAGCUUCAUCUUAGUAUGGGACUCCUCAAUGAUAAUACCUAUCCACGAUUCUUGCACGCGGUAAUUGGACCAAAGACCUUGUAUUUUGUGCACAAACGUUUAACCUCUAGACCACUAAGCCGUUAUCCAACAGUUUUCAAUGGUGGUUUAACUUAGAUCGUUCCGAGAUUUCAAUGAAAGUCAACUACUUCCAUAAUCCUAUACGUACAAGGUUAUCAAUGGUUUUUAAGCAUCAAAUAUAAGUUCUAUGAUAUUUUUAAAGGUAAUUAGAAGUAGUAAUCUGAAAAUAAUUUGUAGAAGGAUGGUUGCUGAUUUCAUGAAUGAGGAUUUAAAAAGAUCGUAAAAUUAGUACAGAUGAGUAAAACCAUAAAAUGGAAUAUGAGAUAGAGCAUACCUUCUUUGAACAGAAAGGUAAAGCUUGAAUUAUCGACUUGUCAAAGUUACAUCUAUUAAGAAUUUCUUCAAGUCACUUCUUCCAAAUUUGUGAAUGAUCUUCAAUUAUUAUAUCAGCACAUGAUUAAAUGCGCAGAUAUCAUACUAUUGACUGGCUUGCAUUUACUUUCAGAUAGUUAUUACAAUGUAAUGAUUGUAUAUUCGUUUAGAAAAUGAUCGAUGAGGAUGCUUUAAUGGGAAGUUUAUCCUUGAUGCACCAUCUUUUAGAAAGACAGUAAUUGCUG